AAAAACAAAAAAGGAGAGCUUGUUAGGAAAAAAAACCCCCAAACGUUUGUGGCCUGAAAUAAUAUCAUCCAUUGAAACUUGGCUGACCUUCCUAACUCCCCCCAUGUGUAAAGCCUCCUGACCUGUCAGGUUUACGUUUGCAUGAUUACUCUGACUUUUAAAAACAACAGCAGGCGUGGGAUGUGAUUAUGAUGCUGCAGUGUGUAGGCAGAAAUCUCUCAAAAAGGUCAGUGUGUUCAAACGGCAGAUUUACAGCUCACAAACGGCGCUUGUUGCUGUCGUGCAAUUGUCUGGUCUGUUGAUGUUUUAUAAAGAGGAUAAUGAGGCUGGACAGAAGUGAGAACAUGAGAGUUUUUUAGUGCAUUUCCGUCUGACAGCCUGAUCUCUUUAAGAGUCCGUAGUACUUUAGUUCCUCCACCAAAGAAGGCUGACUCCUUACGUGGGGAGGGGGGGGCUGCAGUAGUCGUCUUGGUGUAACACGACCAAUUUUUUGCAGAGUAAUGACAUACACACAUAAUGCAGACUGCACAGCCUCCUGAAAGGCUGGUAAAUCACAGAACCUGUCGGUGUUGGAGUUGGAAGAUGCAGCCUUUCGUCGGAAAACUCUAAACUUAUCAGUUUCUAUGAGAUUCAGUCUGCAGAGGAAUAUUUAUUCAGUGACUCUAGGAGCUGGAAGAGUGAAGAGGUGAUAUCCUCCUUCUCGUGGCUGUGUCCUGGGUGGCGGAUUGAUCCACGGUGAUCUAUUGCUCUGAAUCUCGGGCCGCCGCUGCCUGGUACCACCGCGAAAACCAGCACAGGGAGGCACCGCCAGCUGGGAGACCAGCAGCAUCAAAAAGAGGGCGGCUCACAGAAACGCUGAGGCGGAUAAAAGGAAAGAACAACUCGCUUUGUGGCGUUUGACUAGCGGAUGAAGUUUGGAUUUAGCUGCAAUGCCUCUCCUGCUUCUUCAUGUCCGGGCUGGCUUUUUCUUCUGCUGAGAACUCCCUCCUGCUGUCUCCCCCCAUCUCGGAGAGGUUUGCCGGUGAUAAUCCCCAGAGUUUGUAUGCAGCAUGAAUCAUUAACAUGCAGCUAAUGAAGCGUGGCUGGGCCGGCGGCCACAGCUGACAGCAGACCUCACAGAUGGCCGCGGAGGUGCACGCCUUGCUCACUGCUGACGAUUCUGCACCUUGGCAUAGGUGAGGCGUCUUCGAGGAGCCCUGCUGCCAGCUCGGCGCUGCCGGGUUUGGGCGCACACACCUGAGGGGGCAGGUGUCGAGUCAGCACCCAUGUUCUUGUGCUAAUGGCUCAUCUUAAAGUUCUGGACUGCAUGAUUAACCAUAACUGGAGCCUGGUCUGCAAUCUGUACUGCGGCUGGAGCAAUCAGGCCAAACCGAAAGAUGGGCGUGAACAGAGCGAGCCGUCGGCCACCGCCUCUCCCGGGGCAGAGGAAGAGCCCUUCUCCUGGCCAGGACCCAAAACGCUUUGUCUGCGGCGGACCUCGCAGGGCUUCGGGUUCACUCUACGGCACUUCAUCGUGUACCCGCCUGAAUCCGCCGUCCACAACUCCCUGAAGGAUGAUGAAAAUGGAAGUCGAGGGAGACAGCGGAACCGUCUGGAGCCAAUGGACACCAUAUUUGUUAAGCAAGUGAAGGAGGGAGGCCCCGCCCACGGAGCUGGACUCUGUACAGGGGACCGAAUCGUGAAGGUGAACGGAGAGAGCAUCAUUGGGAAGACGUACUCUCAGGUCAUAGCCCUGAUCCAGAACAGCGACGCCUCGCUGGAGCUCUGUGUGAUGCCAAAGGAUGAAGACAUCUUACAGCUGUUUUCCAGGGAUAUCACGGCUCUGGCGUAUUCCCAGGAUGCAUACCUCAAAGGGAAUGAGGCAUACAGCGGAAAUGCGCAGAACAUCCCGGAGCCCCCUCCCAUAUGCUACCCUCGGAUAGAGCUGAAGACCGCGGGCUCGGCCCAGACGUCGGAGCCGCUGCCGGGGCCAGGAAGGCGAGGGGGGGCAGCGGAGAAGAGCUAUCGGAUGGAAAUCCCCGUCUCGCCAUCUCCUCUGCAGGCAGCGGCGCGGACUGCCCCCCCUGACCCAGUGGAGCGGGGGUCCCAGCUGGCUCGGGCCGGUCCCAGCCACAGGGCGGAGGAGAACCGGUACGGCGUCUCCGCAAACAGAACCGCGGUUCCUUCAGGUCAGGGGGGGACACAACUACAGCAUCCCGCACAAACUCCGGUCUUCCCACCCGCCAAACCUGCUGCAGCCCAUCCUGACACUUUACCCCCACCUGCACGGGACGCCACUUCUGCCGCCAUCUCGCCCAGCCCCAACCACUGCUCGCCGUCUCCCCCGGCCCCCCCCAGUUCUCCACACCAGCACAUUGACUGGAGGAACUACACUACCUACAAGGACUACAUCGACGCCAAGAGGCUGCACUCCUACGGAUGCCGCACCAUCCAGGAGCGCCUGGACAGCCUGAGGGCGGCGGCUGACUCCGCCUACUCUCAGCAACGCACACCCCCUCCAAGUAACAGCCAGAGGGGGGCGCCGGGCUCCCAGGUCAGGCGGAGGAGCGCCUCUAACGAACGUGGGGGGGACAUCAGCUGCACUGGGGCGGCUCCGUUACGCAGCGUCUCUCAGGACAGGCUGGGGGGCGGGACGGAGCGGGCCGCAGCCGACAGGAACUGGCCUCGCAGCGCCUCUCAGGAUGCCCUGCCCUUCUCCCCCGCAGUCAGAGUCCUCAAACCUCGAGCGCGGUCAUGUGACUACCUGAGCCAGCCGCCUGUGGAGCGGGGGGGCGCUGAUCCUGGCGACAGGGCAGCAGUGGAGGAGAGGCUGCUGCAAUGCCGGGCAGGGCUGGGAUCGGGGCAGAAAGCUUUACCUCAUCUGCGCCGGAAUCUCGCCGUCCAGGAAGAGGAAACCCAGAGGGGCGGGUCAUCCAGUCCACCUGCAGCCGCUGCUGAUCCUACUGAAGGUACCACAGACUCCGCCCCCACAUCCAGGACGGAGGGUCUCAUAUUGAGGCCCUCCCGUCUGCCCGUCAAAACAUCAGAAGCUGCUCCCGCCUCCUCUCCCGCUAAAACGGCCGACCCCCUUAAAGACCAAAGAGCCGGCGCGAUGGGGAACCACCAGGACUCCUGCCCCCCUCUGCACCUGCAGCUCAGGAGCAGAGCCGACAGCCUGAAGGUGGAGAACCGGUCAGAGUCGGGCCUAGCGGCUCGGUCUUCGUCCUGCUCUGGUGCCUCCUCAAAACCGCUACGGCAACCUCACAUCGGAGUUGUCACGGUCUCUUCCCGAAUCCCCCCCCCCAACAGAGCUGUGACCCAAAAGCCCUACUCUGGUUCCGCUCAGGCACUUUUCAGGACUAACCACGGCUCUGCAGAGGGCGUCGAAGGACCCGAUUCCACAGUGGUGGUCCUCAGGAAGGACAGGAACUUCGGCCCCGCCCGCCCUCGCCCUCCGUCUUACGCCUUUGCUGUCAACGACAACAAGGAGGAAGUGGCUUACAGGCCCCCCCCGCUGGUGAAGGCGGGCUCUGCAGACGGAGCCAUGUGCUGGAUGUCUGCAGAGAGCUGCAGGGACCUGCAUCUCCGAGGUCUGGGAGAAAACCGACAGCAGUCCGGAUCCACCAACCUGGAUAAUUCCCUGGAUUCAAUCCCCUUCAUAGAUGAACCCUCCAGUCCCAGCAUCGAUCUGGACAGCACACACAUCCCAGCCUCCGUGGUCAUCUGCGGAACGCCCACCAUCACCACCAUCCCGCCCAGCCCCACCUCCUCCUCCCCGCUCAUUCGCCGCCAGCUGUCACACGACCAAGAUUCUUUCCGUCUCACAAUUGUCGAGUCAGAUUCGGGUUCUAAAACCGAACGGUCCAAGUCGUACGACGAAGGUCUGGACAACUAUCAGGACGGCAGAGGGAGAUCCUUGAUACCAGGCCUGAAAGGUUUGAGGAAGGCGAUAGACAGGUCCUCAGAGGACUCCGGCUCCAGGGGGGAUUCAUCGUCCGACGUCUUCUGUGACGCCACCAAAGAGGGUUUCCUGCAUUUCAAGCAGCUUCACACAGACAAGGGGAAGCGCGUGGGAGGAGGCAUGCGGCCGUGGAAACAGGUGUACGCCGUGCUGAGAGGUCACUGCCUCUGCCUUUACAAGGACAGGAGAGAGGGCCAAGCUCACGCCAGCUGCCAAACGGUGGAGGAGCCUCUACAGAUCAGCAUCAAGGCCUGCCUGAUCGACAUCUCCUACAGCGACACCAAGAGGAAGAACGUGCUGCGGCUGACCACCUCCGACUGCGAGUACCUGUUCCAGGCCGAGGACCGGGAGGACAUGCUGGCCUGGAUCAGAGUCAUCCAGGAGAACAGCCACCUGGAUGAGGAGAGUGCAGUCUUCAGCAGCCAUGACCUCAUCAGCAGGAAAAUCAAGGAGUACAACACCCUGAUGAGCCCAACAGGCAGCAAGAGCGAGCCGUCACCCAGGACUUCACGGCAGUCGCUGAGCAUCCGACAUACGCUGCUGGGAGGCAAAGGAGAGGCCAAAGCUCCGAGCCCCCAAUCCCCCAAAGCUGAAGUGGAGAAGAGGAGCGUGCUCAAAGAUGACACCAGCCCCCCCAAGGAUAAAGGGACGUGGAGGAAAGGCAUCCCGGGACUGAUGAGGAAACCUUUUGAGAAGAAGUCGUCCGCAGGAUUCACCUUCGGAGUUCGGUUGGACGACUGUCCUCCUGCGCAGACCAACAAGUUUGUGCCUCUGAUAGUGGAGGUCUGCUGUAAGCUAGUGGAGGAGAGGGGUCUGGAGUACACAGGCAUCUACAGAGUCCCUGGGAACAACUCCGCCAUCUCUAACAUGCAGGAGGAGCUGAACAACAAGGGCGUGAGCGACAUCGAUGUCCAGGAGGAUAAAUGGAAGGACCUCAACGUGAUCAGCAGUUUGCUGAAGUCCUUCUUCCGUAAACUUCCAGAGCCUUUGUUCACCAACAGGAGGUACGCAGACUUCAUCGAGGCCAACAGGAUAGAAGACCCGGUGGAGAGGCUCAAAGUGCUGAAGAGGCUGCUGCACGAGUUACCGGACCAUCAUUACGAGACGCUGAAGUUCCUCUCGGCUCAUCUGAAGACCGUGGCUGAAAACUCAGAGAAAAACAAGAUGGAACCCAGGAACCUCGCCAUCGUUUUUGGCCCCACUCUGGUCCGAACCACGGAGGACAACAUGACCCACAUGGUGACGCACAUGCCAGACCAGUACAAGAUCGUGGAGACGCUCAUCCAGAACUAUGACUGGUUCUUCACGGAAGACGGGAACGGAGAUCCGGUGACGCUUUCCCGGCAGGAGAGCGCGGUGGAGUCUCAGCCCGUCCCCAACAUCGACCAUCUGCUCACCAACAUCGGCCGCACCGGAGCGUCGCAGGGCGAGGUGUCAGAUUCUCCGGCUAGUGACUCUGCUAAAUCAAAGGGUUCCUGGGGUUCAGGGAGGGAGCCGUGCAGCAGGGAGCUGCUGGUGUCCUCCAUCUUUGCUGCAGCCAGCCGCAAAAGAAAGAAGUCAAAGGAGAAGGUGCAGCCUAGCAGCUCAGACGACGACCUGGAUCCCGUCUUUUCCGCGAUGGAGCUUCCCGCUCAGAAACCGGACCCCCGCGGGCUCCAGGCCGAGACGCAGACGCAUCCCGGCCCCGACGGCCGGCAGGAGGCGGCGGCCUUGGAGAGAAAGGAGAACGGGGGAGUGCCGGAGCUCGCGUCGAAAGCCAAGAGGGAGCACAGGAUCUCCUUAUACCUCAAGGAGACUCCGCCCAAACAGCACUCCCCAAACGCCAUCCGCAGAAACGCUCGCCAGGGCAAGUCCUCCCUGUCGGACCCGCCCUCCCAGCUGGAGGAGAACCCCUCCGACCUCGGCACCAUGAGCUCCGGAGCCUCCGUCCCACGCUCCCGACCCAAGAAGUGGGCCGCUGGAGGAUCGCCAGACCUCCUCGUCAAUAUUGGAGUGUCCGCCAGGGCGGAGGUGAGCUCCAUCACCUCCGACUACUCCACCACCUCCUCCAACACGUUCCUGACCGGCGCCGAGUCCAGCGCGCUCAGCCCGGAGCUGCAGCUGGGGGAGGACGCCGACGACGAGCGCAGCGAGCUCAUCAGCGAGGGGCGGCCCACGGAGACGGACAGCGAGAGCGACUUCCCCGUCUUCAGCGCCGCCCAGUCCACCCCCCGCCCAGAGCAGAGUCAGGACAGGAAGGAGCAGGGGGGGGCCGCAGCGGGGGGGCCGGCCCCCAGACCGGAAGCAAGGCGCCUUUUCCCGUCCCAGAAAAUGAUCGAGAGCGACACGCUGUCCAGGAGGUGGUCCUUCCGCCAGAAAACUGACAGCGACUCGUCAGCAGAGGGCACCGUGGGCGGCGAGGGGCGGCCCGAGUCCUCCACCCGCCUGUCCCGAGUCCUGGAGGUGAUGAAGAAGGGGAGGUCCUCCAGCAGCAUCAGCUCGUCCUCGCGCAGCGAGUCGGAGCGUCCAGAACCCCCCUGGCACCUGAAGAUCACAGAGCGGCUAAAGUUCCGGCUGCGCUCGUCCGCGGACGACAUGCUCGCCCCGCGGAGUCGAGCGGCCGAGGCCCGCGGCAAGAAGAGGAGCAUCCGGCGGCGCCACACCAUGGGGGGCCAGAGGGACUUCGCAGAGCUGGCUGUCAUUCAUGACUGGAGGGAGCAAGGCGGGGGCGACGGCGCCGCCGACCUGUCCGCCCUGGACCGCCUCAAACCCAGGUGCUCCUCUCAGGACUUUUCCAUCCGGGACUGGAUCGCCCGGGAGCGGUGCAAAGGCUCGGAGCCGAGCGCCGCCGUCGCACCCAAAGCCGUUCCCGAGGACGACCCCGCCGAAGCUCAGGGCCACGCCCCCCAGGGACGCUCCCCAGGCGCUCCGGCGGGGGAGCAGCUGAACGGCAGCGGGCCCCAAAGCAAAAACAAACCUUCACUGGGGACGGACCCCCACCCGCACAAACUGUCAGGAGCACAAGUGGUCCGAUCCCGGUUCUACCAGUACCUGUGAGGGGGGGGGGGGGGGGGGUCCAGCUCAAGAGAGUAUUUUUCUACAGAGAAGAUCUACGGGACAGUCUGCAUGUGCAGGGCCCCAGCGCGAGGGAGGCCCUCUGGACUGAAGAGAGGAGGCGGAGCCUCGUGAAGAAUGUAUUCCUGCGUCUGGACAGAAGCCAAUCACGUUCCUCCCGCGGCGGCGUUCUGAGCUGGCCGCUGCGGGAAGUUCCCUUUUUCCACAGCAGCGCUCCAACAGCCAGAUGUUAGCCGACCGCGCCGGACGACUGCUUCCUUCAAACCAGGAAGUGCCGAUCCAGCAGUAGGGAAUGCUGGGUACAGUAGUUCAAUUCCCAAAAUGUUGUCAAGUUAUCAUCAGAAGAGUUUUUACACGUGUCCGUUGUUUUUAUCUCAAAGAAAAAAGUGCCUCCUUCAUUGUUUUUUAUUAAUAUGGUUUUUAUUGGUCAGGAAAAGGGGGGGGUCAAGCAGCAUUCCAGAUGUUUCCUGUUUUCAAAGUUCCGAGUUCAUCAAAAUACAAACCUGUUUCUGAAACGCCUGUGAUCUCUAGCGGAGGAAAAAAGUUUAAAACUGCAUGAAAUGAUGUUUGCUGAGCAUCUCCGCGGCAGAACAAGGGGGCCACCCCGCUCCUCUCUCCGACAAACACUGGAAAUAAAUCCUCUUUAGAGUCUCA